UAAAUGAAAGGCAGGAAUAUUCAUGUUAUUAAUAAGAUUAUUGACGGCAGUCGUGCGAAUAAAAUUGAUCACCGAAGUUUGAUUAUUUUAUAUUUUAUCUCUAUUGAUGAACAGUGAUGUAUGUUUUUCGCUCAUCAAUAUAUUGAAAGCUAUUGAUGAGUGACAAGUUUAUUCGGAAAGAACAUCCGUUUGCCGAUAUUGUCAGAAAGAUGGGUUUAUAAUGGAAGUUAAUGGAAUAGAUUCAUAUUUUAUGAGAAAUGCACAGUUAUAGCAUUGUCUGCUUGAAGAAACUUGAGAAAGCAUAAUAUAUCAUAGGAAAUACGGAGCUUGGAUGUACCACAUUAUUUAUGGAAUUAUUUAUUGAAAUGAAUUACACGUGUACGAUUUUGCAUAUCUGAUUGAAAGUUAAUUGAUUUCAUUAUUUAAUUAUUACACAGAAAUUGAUAGUCAUAAGGAUUGCCUUGGAACUAAGUAAGACGUAAGAAGAAAGGUGCAUGUGAUUUUUAAAAAGUGAGAAAUCUUUAGUCGUAGAUAGUGACUUGGUAUAAUUAUGUCAGACAUGCAGCAAAUUGUUAAACCAGAUAUGCCGCAAAGUGUUAUAUCUGACUCACAGAAAACAGAGGAUGAACCUGGAACCAAUCCAAGACUGAGUCGACCACCUCCACCAGUGGUUGGUAAAGUAACACAUUACAGUAUUGAACUGUACUGGGAUGAGGCUCUUGAACAGGCUAAGGCGGGUAUAGAGAAGUGUGAUGGGAGAGUGAGAGUUUGUCUGCAAGAACAUGACAGGGAUGGAGAAUGGGGAAACCUGUACUCAGGUUAUGCAAAGAGACAUACGGUAUCUGGUUUGGACCCCAGUUCAGAAUACAAGUACAGAAUGCGUAUGAUGAACAAUGCUGGUAACAGUGACUGGAGUGCCCAUGUCAAAGUCUCUACAACAAAGGAGCCUAUGAAUGGAGAACAUCUACACAAGGCACUGAACAGACAGGAUCUUGAAAUGCUGGAAAAAGUUAUAGAGAGCGGAGAUGUGAAGAUAGAUGUUCCAGACAAGUAUGGAUUCUCUCCCUUGAUGCAGGCAUCGGUAAAGGGUUAUGAAAGUUGUGUGGAGAUCUUGUUAAAACAUGGUGCUGAUGUACAUCUACGAAAUGAUGCAGGGAAAACAGCAUUGAUGCUGGCAUGCUUUGCUGGACAGUUGGAAUGUGUUAAGAUUUUAAGAAAAAACGGGGCGAAAUACGAUGACUUUGACCGAGGUGGAUCAGCUCCUAUACAUUGGGCAGUUGAUGGAGGGAAUGUGAAGCUACUUGAUUGGAUGAUAGAAGAUGGAGCAGACGUCAAUCUCAGAGAUAUGAACUCGGGUUGGACACCACUAAUAAGAUGUGCAUCCGUAACUGGUCAUCGAGACAUUGGACUUUCACUCUUACAGAACAGUGCAGAUAUUAACGCCCAGGACAAGGAUGGCAAAACUGCUCUAAUGCUCUCAAUAUUAAAUGGUCACCAGGCUCUACUGGAAGUAUUACUGAAAAAGAACGCAGAUAUUAAAUUGAAAAAUGAGUAUGGAAAAACAGCAUACGACAUGGCAAUAUCUGUAGAAAAACGGAGAAUACUACGGACCUUAACCGACCACAUGGAAGCAAAGGGCAUCAAGACAUAACUGAUAUCGCAAUAUCAAUGCAGUGCACAUAAUCUCCUACAACAAGAUACACAUUCCACAAUUUAUACAGAUUACCAUAAUUAAGAUAACCUAAUUAGCAGAAGUAUACAGUCUUUAGUCACAAGGAAAGUUGAGAAUUCAAAUUUGGAUGGGUAAACCUCACAUGAAGAACUUUAUUUAUAGUUUCAACAAAAUUUCACUUAUAUUUAGAAGUACUGGUACAUGUUGAUAAAACACUUGUAAAACCAAUUUCUUCUGUUAAAAAUUUUACACAAAGGUGUUAGGAGCUAUUGAUAAUUUAUCUGACAAGGUGUUUACACAGGUUCAGAUCUCAAUCUUGUUGAUUUUCAUACAAGAGGUUUAUUAUAACAGUAGCUCGAUCUUGGAUGCUGUAUUUGGCUUGAGUGGAUUCUUACCAGAUCUGAUAUCACAAGGUGUGCAAGCCCCGAGUAUGAUCCGACCUUGCAAAAUACACGAGAGCCGAAUACAAAAUCCCAGAUCUAGCUACUAUUAUAAUGACCCUUUUAUUAUAUACCUCUACCCUUUUUGUUUGUUGUUUUGUAAUUGAACGAAAUCUUCAAUGUUAACGAUAUUAAAAUGGAACUAAGUGAAGUUUUUAUUUGUACUAUUUAUAGAACUGUGUCAGGUCAUGCAUAUUAAUGAAAGUAGUCCAGCAUCAUACAAUAUAAAAGGUACAAUACGGAAUUUAAAAGGUACGAUACAGAAUCCUUUUCUGCCUGUUCAUAUUUAAUUGUGAAAUACAAGCCAAUAUUUUACAGAAUUUCUAUAGGUAUAUAAUAAAGAAGUUUAGUGAAUGACUUUGACAGAAAACUGUAGCUGUAUUAGCCUGGGUUAUAUUCCUGUCUGCCCUGUACAGGUCUAGUACUUUUAGUAUAAUUGUUCUUAAGUUCUAAGUAAAAAAUAUGUUAUUAAGAGAUCCUACUUUAUUAGAAACACUGGCUGUCUCUGAUCUAUGACAUUUUACUCUCUUAAAAGUUCUUGAGCUGUAAUUAAGUUGUAGACAAAAACUAUGAAAAAUAUGUGGGAAAAACAAAUGUUCUUCCACCCUUAAUGCAUUGAGAUUUUCUGCUUAUAAAAGAAGUUUCCUACCGGUGCAAAGUUUGCACAUUUAAAUUUCCUGUUUAAACAAACAUAAUUUUUAUUAUGUUCACCAAUGUUUGGAUUAUUCAGAUUUUAUUUAUAAAGCAAUAAUAUAGAAUAAAGAAAAGAUUGUUUUAUUUACGAGAUUGUGGACGAGUUUUAUAAAUGACUUUAUUUUUGAAUCUGUCCUUUUAAAUAAUAGAAGUAUAACAUAUAUAAGAGAAGGUUGGAAGGUGAAUUAUUCAGUUGUUUUUUCAUUUUAUUGAAUCCGUCCAGUUUCAUUUGUAUAUGCAAUAUGGAGAAAGCAAUAUAUUGUUUUGAUUUAUAAAACUGUUGUUUGUAAAUUCAUGUUGUACAAGUUGUUAUUUGAACAAAAAAGGAAUAUACAUUCCAGAAAUAUUGUAUCAUACAUUUCCCAUUGAAUAUUGUUGUCAUUACCGUAUAUUUUCGCCUAUAAGAUGCACUCGCUUAUAAGACGCCAGUCAUGCAAUCUGGGGUUUCUUUUUCUUUUAAUGUCCUUGUAGUAAACGCUUAUAAGAUUGGAAAUAUGACUCUAACAAUGCGUCUUAUAAGCGAAAAUAUAUGGUAAUUCUUUUAACAUAAACUAAUAUUUAUACCAUUUAAGGCAUCAUAUACUAUGCAUACUGUACGUUCUUCGGGUUAUUUUGCCUUGGUCCAGUUUUGGAUGAUUUUACCAUAAACUGUGUGGUUCUAUGUUGGCUGGUGUGAUAUUCACUAUUUAAUAUAUUUUGCAGUAAAUAAAUAUUUCUCAUCUAAUUUUGGUAUUUCAGUUUAGUUGGGACAAACUGUAUAGAGCCAUAUUACAGGGGAAAGCUUUAUACUUGUACAUAGGUUGUUACUCUUGAAAGAUCAAUUUACCUAGAAAACAAAGAUCUGAUUUAUGUAGCGGUUAAUGCUCUUCAGGGGUGCUGUUAAAGGGGGGUGUACGGUACAUUUGUAUUCUUUACUAUCAGUUUUAUUGUGGUCACACCAAGUUGGUCUUCUGUUUGUCAGAUUGUUGCACCAAAAUAAAUAAAAAUGGGAUUUUUUUUUUUUUUUUUUUUUUUUUCUGGAAAAAAAAAAAAUCUAUAGAGAAGGUAAUCAGUUUGGUGUGGCCUACAGUAAGAUUUGUGUAUGUAUUUACAUAUUUCCUGUUGAACUGAAAAUGUUUGUCACUUUGAAUGCUAGUGUUCAGAGCAUUUUUUCUCUGAUAAAAUAUUUUUUUCUGCAGUAGGUUUAUUUUAUUUUGCUGUUUCAGUGCUGUCUUUUUUGCACGAUUGUAUUUGAUGGAAUUUCAAUAUAUUUGUUAGGCAGUAUGUUACAGCUGUCUUGUUUAAAUUAGCUGAUGAAAAAUAGUCCUGUGGAUUUUUCAUAAUUUUCAACUAUUUCUAAAACUAAAUUUAGAUGUAAAAGAAAGUUAAAUGAUUGUUUGCAGUUUUAUGUUAUCUGUAGUGUGCAAGGUGCAUACUUAUAAAAGCCGCCAGUUUACUUGUUGGGAAAGCGCAGAUCUACGGACCGUGGAAAUGCAAGUUUGGUCCCCGGGCAGGCCGUAUGUACUCUGUGAUGAUUUGAUAAUAGACAUUGUGUCUGAAAUCAUUCAUCCUCCACCUCUGAUUCAUGUGGGGAAGUUGGCAGUAAUUUGCGGAGAACAAGUUUGUACUGGUACAGAAUCCAGGAACACUGGAUGGGUUAAAUGCCCGCCCUUACAUAACUGGAAUACCAGUACUGUUGAAAAACAGCAUUAAACCCAGACAAACUAAUAAACAAACAUAAAUUGUGAAGUUGAAUACAGUUGACACUCGUUAUUUGAACUUGGUCAGUUGGGCUCAGUUGUUUCAUUAAUCUAUUCAAUUUCAUUUAUUUCCAGUAUUUUGAAAUUGUCAGAAUCAGUUAUUGAGAUAACCUUAAAUUGUCACGUUUGAUCUGAAGUGAUAUAAAUAUAGUUUACCUGUUUCCACCCCUAAAUUAUUCUGCCUGGGUAUAAUGUAAUGAUUAAUUGUUUACAUAGUUUCUGAAUAUUUCCUGAGCUUAGAUUACAUCAACCAUAAAACUAUUGAAACACUUUUUAGCAUAAUAGUAGAAACAAUGUAAAACUGAGAAAUUAUGAUAAAAGUCCAUGUAAUGAUUUCAAAGUUCUCCAAUGAAUACCAUAAUUAAAAUGGAUAGCUUUGACUAACUGAGAAAUACAAUACGUUCUCUUUCUUUUUUUAAUACAGUAAAAUCAGCUUCAUGUGGAUGCUAAAUUAGUAGAUUUAGAAAUGUUUUAGUAUGUAUGUGCCAACCUAUCUUUUCUCUACCCUUCUAUAGCAAGUGCUGAUAAUUCUUUAUUAUGCAAAGUUUUGAUUUCUUUUAAAAUUGUUAUUUGAUUUAUGGAAAUUUCACAUUUUUUUUUUUUUUGAAACAAUAGUCCAAUAGAAAACAUUUUGUUAAGACGUUAUGUUGUAUUCAAAUUUUAUGAAUAAAUGUCUUACUGAAAUAUU